CUCAUCUUCUUCCUAAGCCCAAAUCCCUAAUCGUUUCUACCUCUGCCUGAAUCGAAUCCCCCUCUCAUCCAUUGAUUUCUUCUUUGCUAACCCUUCCUCCAUCAAAUCCCUCAAAUCUUCACACCAAUCUUUGUCUCCGUUAAAGCUCUUGCCUUUCUUCAGCAACCCCUUCUUCUCCUCAUCCUAAAUCUGUCGAAGUCCUUUCGAAUGACCUUGGUCGAUACUUUUAUCUCGACGACCAAGCAAUGGCCAUAGAAGUGAUCUCGCUUGCCAUUGUCGAAGGAUUUGACAAUGACGACCUAGCAACUGGCAUAACGACCUUGAAGGACGAUGGCAGCCUUGAAAGAUAUGGCGACCUUAAAGGACAAUAGUUGGGUUUGGCUUCAAGAACUUCACCAUUGCUCACUCAAUUUCCAACUCCCAAAUCCUAAUGAUUGCCUUUUCAUUGCCUUUUUUUUUUUCCUAUGUAAAUCAAGAAAUGGUGAUAAGAAGAAACUCGAAUUCUUCUUUGAAUUUAUUACAAAUCUGCUAGUUUGAUUUUUUUGGUUCUUGAGUUUUUCUUGUGCCUUUCCUUUUCUAUUUCUCUGAAUUUCUUCAUUUGUUACCUUACUUUGAUAUGGGUUUCUUUGGUUGUGUCUUUUUCUUUUGUUCUUUUUUGCUUCACCAUUCUUGGCUCGGGUAUUGGAUCUAGGAUUUUCUGUGUGUUGAUUUUGGAUUUCAUGGUUAGGCAGUUGUUGAAAUUGGUAGAGGAGAGGCAAUAUUGCUCAAGAUUAUGGGAACAAAUUUCAUUUGAAAUU